AUGCGCGAGGCGACGCACGGUGAGUUUGACCCGACGAACCUCGAGUGCGCCAUCCACAAGCUCGUUGUGAGCGAGUCGCUGGCGCACUUGACGCCGCUUGGCUGGUGGCUGCGCGCUGAUGCGCUGUACCUCGAGCGCUUGAAGAUCUCGCCGCCACUCCUCGCAGCAUUCUUUCACGUUGACUUUGGCCCGCGCCGCCUGUCUCUCAUGCACUUUAAGCUGUGCGAGCAGCCCGAGAUCGACGCGUGGCUCAACGCGCUACGGGCGUCGCCACGCCAAGGGCUGCCCGUGCCUCCGACGCCCUCUUCCAUCGCCGACAUUCGCAGCGCCCUCACUGGGCUGACUACCGUUGUGGACCACUUCUGUUCGGAGGCGCUGCAGGGGCUCGUGCGCGUGGCCGAGUAUGCCGUCUCGUACCUCGCACGCGAGCAUUCCGACAUUGUGGCCACUGAUCUCCCGGCGCUGGUCCGUUUUCUAGACACAACUUUGCGCGGGUUCCGGGUUGCCGUCAUUGGCGACGUGGUUGCCACGCCGACGACGACCCAGCACGAGGCGGUGCACAAGGAAUUGCUCGUUGGUUCGUUCGGGCUUCAGCGAUUCAUCUCCAAUCUGCUGCUCCAACACACGUUCUCGCUGGCCCAUGAGACGGGACAGGCCCACGCGACAGAGCCCGCAUCCGAGCCGACCAGCACCAAGCCGUUGAAAACCAAGUCGACCAAGAAAAAGGCAACCGCGAUGGUGCGCAAGCGACGCCCAACGACCAAGCUCGCCAAGACCCCAGCCAAGACGCCAGUCAAGCCAGCAACCAAUCCCACCAAGCAGCAGCGAGGGCGCAUUGUGGUGGUCGUCGACAACGCCCAGGGGCAGAAGCGACGCGGACGCUGUCGGCGCAGCACGAUGGCGCAAUCGUAA